UGAGGUGACCCAUGGGGAAGAUCCAUGGAUUCUGGAGCCAGUUUCAAAGGAAAAGGAGAUCCAAAUGGAUUACUGCUCAGGCAAGGAGCUUCCUGAUGUGAUUGUAAAGCUGGAGGAGGAAGAGGAGCCGUGUGUUCCAUGUCGCCCAGGAUCAGAGGGGAACAGGAUACUUCACAGGACCGAGCCAGGCAGCAGAAGGACAUCAUUGACCGGAUCCAGAUUGCCACCCCUUUGCAGAAGAGAAGAAACAGCCAUUCUGCAUAAGGCUCAGAACAUGGAGAGGAACAAGUCUCCAUUUCUUGGUCACAGGAGCCUUUCAGCUGGUUCAAGAUGUCACAGUGAGGGUGCCAUGUCCUUCGAGGAGGUGGCCGUGUAUUUCACAGAGGAGGAGUGGGUUUUGCUUGGUCCUGGCCAAAGAGCCCUUUAUAGGGAAGUUAUGAUGGAGAACUACAGGAACGUGGCCUCUCUUGAAGGAUCUUGGACCUGCAAACCGGAUCUCAUCUCCUGGCUGGAGGAAGCAGCAGGAGAAGAGGGAGAUUCAUGUGGAGUAGACAUGAAUGUUUAUGGAGACAAGGAUGUAGAGGUGGAAGAAGAAGCUAGGAAUCUAGAGAGAUCAAACAGACAGCAGAGAAGGAACAGAGACACAAACCAAAAGCAGGAAAAGGAAUCGUUGGCCUUUUUGGGCAGUGGCUUCCAAGAAAUUCUAUUUGAAGACAAAUCAGAGGAAGGGGAACAAAGGGAUCAACGGAACCUGAGUGAGAAAAGGCUGGGCUGCAAAUCUAGCCUUAAAAGACAAGAGAGAACUCAGACAUGGGAGAAACCAUAUAAAUGUCUGGAGUGUGAAAAGAGCUUCAAUCGGAGCGAUCACCUUACUUCACAUCAAAGGAUUCACACCACAGAGAAACCAUAUACAUGCUUGGAAUGUGGAAAGCAUUUCAGAAGGAGUGCAAACCUUACCUAUCACCAGAGGAUUCACACAGGUGAGAAACCAUAUAAAUGCUUGGAAUGUGGAAAGCGUUUCAGCUGGAGAGCAGAUUUUACUUGUCAUCAGAGGCUUCAUACAGGAGAGAAACCAUAUAAAUGCUUGGAAUGUGGAAAAACUUUUAGUCAGAGUGGACACCUUACUUCUCACCAGAGGAUUCACACAGGGGAGAAACCAUAUAAAUGUUUGGAAUGUGGAAAAAGCUUCAGCCGGAACGCAGAACUAACUUACCACCAGAGGAUUCAUACUGGGGAGAAACCAUAUACAUGCUUGGAAUGUGGGAAAAGUUUCAGUCGCAACGCAGAACUGACUUCACACCAGUGGAUUCACAUCGGGGACAAACCAUAUAAAUGCAUGGAAUGUGGAAAAAGCUUCAGUCGGAGUGACAGGCUAACUUCUCAUCAAAGGAUUCAUACUGGGGAGAAACCAUAUAAAUGUUUGGAGUGUGGAAAGAGCUUCUGUCGAAGAGACAGUCUAACAUCCCACCAAAGGACUCACACUGGAGAGGAACCAUGCCAGUUUGACUUGUUGAAAGAAAUUGUCUUAAUUCCUCUCUACCCAAUUUCUCCUUGAAUCAAAGGAACCUUAUUCCAGUUGCUGAUCAGUUUACAUCUUAAAUUUUGUCUAAAAUUCUUACAUCAGAAAAGCCAUACAGAUGCUCUGAUUGUAAAAAAAAGUCUUCUGCCUGACAAUGCACUUGGCAAACAGUUGGCACAGUUACACUAACUGUGGGGGAAACUUUAAGUAGGAUACAACUGAUAUUGAGGGGGCAGGGAAAUGUUUGAAUAGCUCCUGCAUUGGACUCAAAGCAGAAGUAAAGUGUUUCUUGCUAUUUUUUGUGAGCACAGCCUUUUGUUUAUCAUAGUCACACUAUGUUAGCUAUAUAUGUGUUAGCUGAAUUGUUUUGCAGAUUACCUUUGAUUGGUAUAAUGUCAACAACAAUGCCAAUGAACUACAGAAAAUUUGUCUUGAAUUUAUUGACAGCAGUUAGAAAAUUGAUCAGCCACUGAAUUUGGAAGAUUUCAAUAGUGCUAAUGAUUGGCUGAGGCGAGUCUGGUAUGUAAUGAGAAUUAAUUAAAAAUUGU